GUUGAAUUUCGAAAUCAUCAAAACCAUGUCGUCCACAUCGGUUCUUACCCCCGAGGAGAAGGAGCACUUCCUUACCCACGGGUGGAUCAAGAUCUCCAACGCUUUCACCAGAGAGCAAGCCGAAGAGGUUACCGCCAAUAUGUGGACUCGCCUGGGCAUGGAUCCAAACGACCAGUCCACCUGGACGCGCCUGCGCACCAACAUGCCCGGCCACAGGAAGUUUGACCCCGCCGUCUUUGCGCCGCGCGCCUGGGCGGCCAUCUGCGAGUUGUGCGGCGGCGAGGACCGCAUCGACCCGGCCUCCAGGGAGUGGCGGGACUCGUUGAUUGUCAACCUCGGGGACGCGAAACACGAUGGCAAGCCCAUCCCGCCACAAGAUCUUCCUGACUGGCAUGUGGAUGGCGACUUCUUCGUCCACUACCUCGACAGCCGCGAGCAGGCGCUGCUCGUGACACCGAUCUUCACAGACAUCGUGCCUAAUGGCGGCGGGACCAUCAUCUGCCCCGAAGCGAUCCCCAAGAUCGCGAAGCACCUCUACGACCACCCGGAGGGCGUGUCGCCGCGUAUGACGCCACGGGGGGAACCGGGAUUUGAGAAGGGGCAGCACGAGGACCUGAGCUUCUUCCGAAACGUGGCCAAGAGCUGCAGCAACUUCGUCGAGGCCACGGGCCAGGUCGGCGACGUGUACCUGAUGCACCCGCUGAUGCUGCACGCGCCGUCGAGCAACGCUCUGCGCAGGGUACGCAUCAUCACCAACCCGGCCGUGUCGCUCAAGACGGAGCACUGCUUCGACCGCGAGGACGGCAACUACAGCCUGGUCGAGCAGGUCACCCUCCGCGCGCUGGGCAAGGACAGGCUGCCCGGGUGGAAGGCCACGGGGCCGAGGGAGGCCAGAGUCCCGGAGCGAGUGCGGAUACAGGAGAAGAUGAAACAGGAGGAGCUGAAGAGGCUCGCCGAGCUGGAGGCCAAGAAAGCACAGCAGGCGAAGGAGGGACAGCAAACUGUCAGCGCGGCCGCCUAA